AUGGCUCGCAAGGCCAAGGAGACCCAGGGUUACGCUGAUGGCAACAAAUCAAAGAACUUCUUCGCUGCGAUCAAGGCAAUCUACUGCCCCAGACCAAAGGAGCUCGCUGCUUCUCAGCUCUGCCGGAUCAACGUUUCUGAUCUAGAAGUCAUAGAUUCUGAAGCGUUGGGCCGAGCUCUUCAGAAAUGGCCCCAGCCGUUCCUUCGCAAUCUCCGACACUGCUAUCGACCGGCUCCCCCAAGUGGAAACCAACGUCGACCUGGACCUCUUGUUCCUCCUCCUCUCAGAAGCCAUGCGUGCUUUGUAACCACUUUCCAGUGGGAAGGCAUCAAGCUCCGGUGCGGUCGCCGCCAAAAUCUAAAAGCACGGCGGCCACCACAUUAUGGACCAAUUCACGACGCUGUUUCAGGAGGUAUGGCGCAGUGGACAAAUUCCUCAGAAUUUCAAGGAUACAACCAUCUCUCGCCUCUAAAAGCGCGAAGGAAAUCAAAAGCCCUAUGACAAUCACGGCAGAGACCUGCUACUCAAGGUCGCCGGGAUGCUCGUCGCCCGCAUACUCCUCAAUCGCCUCAGCAGGGAUUCCUGCCGGAAAGCUAAUAUGGCUUCCGGCGACACCGAAGUACGACCGCCGACAAGGGAGACAAAAAAUGACGCUACAAGGACACUUUUAAAGACCUCCUGAAGCGGUUGCGGACCAACCCGAGGACAUGGGAGGACCUCGCCCAGCACAGACUGGCACGACGAAGGGAAGCGAAGACCGGCGCCGCCAUAUUCGAAGCAAAUCGGAGUACCGCCACCAAAGCCCAAAGGCAGGCUCUUAAGUCACAAGCGCCUCGCCUCCUCGAUGUCAAAUGUUAAUCGCUGUCGGCAUGAACGUGCUGCGAACGCUCAUUCUGUGCCCGAAUCAGUCUCGUGGGAAACCUUCGGACACAGUGUGAGAAAAACCCGACAACGUCCAUUACCCCCGCUCUGGCCCGUGACGCAAACUCCCAGACGACGACCAUCCCCAUCACUACCGAUCACACUAAAGCUGUCCCGCCGCCAUUAACUACCGACACCGCCCGCUCUGCCCCAACCGUUGUGCCAGUCACAGUGAACGGCACCACCACCACCACCGCCGCCGCCACCGUCGCCGCCGCCGCCGCCGCCGCCGCCGCCGCCACCACCACCACCACCACCACCACCACCACGAUAUCACGCACUCCCCCACCGCAGAGACUACAUCUGAUCUCUCAUCAGAUCCAACCACCAACUGCUCCGCCCCCGGUGAUGUGGACUCAGCUCAUAUCUGUCCUCAUUGUGAUCAAAAAUUCACCGCACACACCGGCUGAUCGGUCACUGGCGAAUCCAUCGCACGGAGACUGA